AAAUUAUUAGUGAUCUUUUUUGCGUAUGUAGGUAUCAGUUCGUAUUUUUAUCCUUUACUUUAGGUCUGGUUCUUUUGAUAAAAUAUUGUUUUUCUGUUUUGAUUUUAUAAUUAUUUUGUAAGAAGAGCCGAUUAUGUUAGAUAAACAGUAAUCCAAUUUCUUUUAUUACCUAAUAUCAUUUCUUCACAAGUAAAUUUAUCGGUCUUUUUCGUGAUAAGGUACAGUGAUACUAAACAUUAUUACUAUAUUCGGUCUUUACAAAUAUUUUAGAUCUGGCAACGGCGUAAAAAGGAUAAUACUUGAUAUGCGCGCGCAAGUAGCCUUCCCUAUUAUAGAUUUGAAUUUUACGGAAUUUUAGAUUUGCGCCACCAGCCACCACCUUUUCCACCCCACUGAGAUGCAUUGGUCGUCGUAAUAUAUGUCACGUUUUUGUGUUCAGUUUAUUAAUAUUAUUUAUAUCGGUUCUAAUAAUUAAUGAAUGAGUUACUUCCUUGAAGUGAAAUGCGCGGUAUUUUUUUUCCAAAUAAUUAUUUUACAUUAGUUUAUGUUUAGCAUUAGAAAUAGUAAUUUUUAUUAUGGAAAACAGUAUAUCUACUGACGAUUUAUCAAAAUGUAGCGAUAAACGUAGUAAUUCAAGAGACUCAACUGGAUCUCUACCCCUACAUAAAAGCUCAAAAAAGAUAGAAAAACAUACCAGCAAUACAAAUAGUUUUAAAUCAGAAAAGGACGUUCAGUUUGCCAUAGUUAAAGAUGGUUCUUGUGAAAAAGUAAUAAACAACGAUGGCAAACCAACUGUAGACAUUUCUGUAAAAGUGCCUCAUAAAUUUAUUGCAAAUUGGAAAAAAGCAUGUGAUCAUACUAGAGAUAAGACUAAAGAUCUUUUAAAAAGAUGGAGAACUUUACCAGAAUGCGAAUCUGCAGAUAAAAAAGAACAAGCAAGUAAAACCAGUGGAUGGAGUGUUCAUGUUUGGACAACAUGGGUAGAUCGAGUUAGUUUAAAUAAUUCAAAAUCUUGGGACCAAGAUACGGAAAGUAUUUUAACUCCUACACAGUGUAACAAGCUUAUUCACUUUUUUAAAUGUCUCUUGGAUCAUGAUAACGACGAAAUAAUUUCCAGUCAAGAUUUUCAAGCUUUAAGUGAACGAUUGCGUCAUUUUGCCGAUUGGUCUACUAACAGUGUAGAAUUUAACAUUCUAAAACAAGUGGAACAAGGUUUUAUGGAAUGUUUUUUAAGAGAAUUUACUGAUGCUAAAUUAGGAUUCAAAAUUAAAGAUGAAUGGCACAUAACAGUAGAUGGGUGGCUACAGGUGUGGUCUCAAGUCUUACACCGUUCAAAAACUGUUAUGGAUUUCCCGUUGUGGCUUCAAUACUUUGUAAAGAUAAUGUUUCAUGUAGUCAACAGAAGUGGAUCCGGUAACAUAACUAAAGACGAAUUAGCCAGCUUUUACUCCUCUGUAUUAUUAUUUAGCCUUCUAAAAGUAAACGAAAUCAUCGAUACUGCCUAUCAAGCGAUGACUUCAAAUGGGGAUCAUCCUUUAACUUACAACAUUUAUCAAAUGUGUUUCACAAACUUUUUACUUGGAAGAUAUCCUAAUGGUUCUGGGCAAUUUGUUCUGGGAUUUUUACCUUUAGAUCCCCCGACAUUGCCGUUUCCUGUUGACUAUUCUGCUCUUAAUGCACAACCAGAUGAUUUGGAACAAUAUGCACCAGAUCAUCGAUCAGAUAGACGUAGCGUUAUUGUCUAAAACAAUGUAGGCCUGCAGAUGUAGAUGGAAGGAUUUUCACAAGUGCACCUCACAAAACGGUUCUAAA